AGGAGGGGGCGGGGCGUCGGCGGUGGCGCCAAAUCGCGAACAUGGCGCCGGAGCGGCUGCGGAGCCGCACGGUCUCAGCUUUCAAGCUGCGGGGCUUGCUGCUCAGGAGUGAAGCCACCAAGUAUCUGACUGAAGCUCUCCAGUCUGUCACUGAAUUGGAGCUAGAGGAGAACCUAGGAAAGAUCAUCGAUGCAGUUGAAAAGCAGCCCUUGUCCUCGAACAUGAUCGAACGAUCUGUCGUGGAGGCAGCUGUGCAAGAGUGCAGUCAGUCUAUGGAUGAGACUAUAGAGCACGUUUUCAAUAUCAUUGGAGCUUUUGAUAUUCCACGUUUUAUAUAUAAUUCAGAAAGGAAAAAAUUUCUUCCUCUAUCCAUGACUAAUCAUGCUGCACCAACCUUAUUUGGAACAGCAAGAGACAAAGCCGAGCUGUAUCUUGAACGCUAUACCAUUUUACACCAGAGGACACACAGACAUGAAUUGUUCACUCCUCCGGUGAUAGGCUCACACCUUGAAGAAAGUGGGAGCAAGUUCCAGCUUAAAACUAUAGAAACCUUACUGGGUAGCACAAGCAAAGUUGGUGACGUGAUCGUCCUGGGGAUGAUAACCCAGCUGAAAGAGGGGAAGUUUUUCCUGGAAGAUCCUACUGGAACAGUACAACUGGACCUUAGUAAAGCUCAGUUCCACAGUGGCUUAUACACCGAGGCCUGCUUCGUCCUGGCAGAAGGUUGGUUUGAAGAUCAAGUGUUUCACGCCAAUGCCUUUGGAUUUCCUCCCACUGAGCCCUCCAGCACCACAAGGGCGUACUAUGGAAAUAUUAAUUUUUUUGGAGGGCCUUCUAAUGCAUCAGUGAAGACGUAUACAAAGCUGAGACAGCUGGAAGAUGAGAACAAGGACGCCAUGUUUGUGAUUGUGUCUGAUGUUUGGUUGGACCAAGUGCAAGUGUUGGAGAAGUUUCAUGUAAUGUUUUCUGGUUACUCGCCAGCACCUCCAACCUGCUUUAUUCUGUGUGGUAAUUUUUCAUCUGCACCAUAUGGAAAAAAUCAAGUCCAGGCUUUGAAAGAUUCCCUAAAAUCUUUGGCAGACAUAAUUUGUGAAUAUCCAAGUAUCCACCAAAGUAGCCGUUUUGUGUUUGUGCCUGGCCCAGAGGAUCCUGGAUUUGGUUCCAUUUUACCAAGGCCGCCACUCGCUGAAAGCAUCACACAGGAAUUCAGACAAAGGGUUCCGUUUUCAGUUUUCACGACUAAUCCUUGCAGUGGUAUCUCCAGCUUCCUCAGGAAUCCCAUCCUUGUGGGUCCAGAUGUCCAGUGUCCUUUCUCUCCGGAUGCCCUGUAGAUCUGUGAGCACUCGGAUUCUACCCGAGCUCCACGCUCACCUGUCCUGGGACCAACCCCAUCUCAUUUCAUGGCACCCUUGUCUUUGCAGUUGCUCGGGCCAUGACCAUAGAGGUUUCCCCUACACACAGCUGAGUUCGGUUGCCUUUCAUGACUAUGACCUGAGGUCUACUCUAGUCUGGAUCAGCAGCCUCUAGCUGCUGGUCUCUGGCUUCUAACCCCUCUCCUCCCAAUACCCCCCAUCCCCCACCCCCACCCCCACCCCGAGUCUGUUCUUUACACAAGAAAGCAUAUCAUGUCACUUCUGUCUUGAAAGGUGGGGUCCCUAGUGCUGUUGUUAACAGCCCAAUCCUGGCAGUGAUAGUCAUGUCCUGCCUGCAUGGUGUGCCCUGGUACUGCUUUGAUUUCCUCUCCCCGUUGCUUCCCUCACACCAGUCUCUGUGCCCCAAGCAUGCAAGGCAUGACCCAGUCUUAGGUCCUGCAUUGUGCCUCUUCCCCCUGCCUGACGGGGGUGGGGGUGGGGGCGAGGAAAGGGGAUAACAUUUGAAA